AUAAGGACAAGGCUGUGUGCAAACACAGAAGGCACACAGGAGUGAAAGGAGAUGCCAAUAUCGUCUAAAUUACAAUAAAUCGUGGACGAUUGUAAUACCUGGAUGGCUAAGUGUCUACUCUCUUCAGCUGUCCACCUGAAAUAUCCCAUAAUAAGCUUCCAUGAUAGAUGCUGAAAAUGAGGAAGAAGAGCCAAAGCACUCGACAGAACUGCCCCUUCCUCUCUGCUGCUUUGAGACCUUUCCUGAUUUAUCCUCCCCCGAUGGACCAUGAUGCUUUCAACGCCAGCCGAUUCUUCAGAAUUAUCACCUCACAGUGACUCCGAAUCCCAAAAUGCCGAGCUGUGGCUAGAGCGGCUGCCCCGUGGGUCGAUCUGACCAUCAUCUAGCUCCUCUUCCUCCCCUCUUCAACCCUCUACCCUCCCUUCCUCUCUCCUUUUCUCUCCCUGCCUUAUUUCUGCCUCUCCCCCCUCAUAAAUCUCCCCUCUUUCUCCUUUUUCCGUUCUUCUUCCCUACUAUUCUCCCUCCCUCCUUCGUUCUCCCCCCCUAAACCCACCACCUCCUCCUCCUCCUCUCCCCCUGCAGCACACAUGCAGGCCAAGAAGCGGUACCUGCUCGUGUCUGUGGGGGCCGGUCUUCUCUUCCUCGUCUAUCUGUGGGCUCUGCAAAUCGGGGACUUCCAGCAGCAGCCGUACCAGUAUCGUCAGUUUCCCCAUAACCCCCAGUACCAUCAGUACCACUACCAGCAGCAGGAAGAGUACCAGUACUACCACCAGAGCCAGUACGUGUACCAGCCGCAGCCCCUCCCCCAGAGAAGCCCGUCCAGACCCCCCAGGCACUGGCCCGAGUCUGACCAGCUGCUGGAGCCGUACCUGGAGGGAGGAGAGCAAGAGGAGGAUACCCCUCAGCUCCACCACCAGCACACCUCUCCUCACGAACGGCGUGCGAUCCGCGACAACAUCUACAAGAACAAACGCUGCCGCAUGGAAACGUGCUUUGACUUCUCUCGCUGCCAGUCGGGCUUCAAGGUUUACAUCUACCCUCCUCAGAGAGGGGACGAGAUCUCUGAGACCUACCAGAAGAUCCUGACCUCCAUUGAGGGCUCUCGCUUUCACACCACAGACCCUUCGCGGGCCUGCCUGUUCGUCCUGGCUGUUGACACGCUGGACAGGGACCAGCUCUCUGUGCAGUUUGUGCAGAACGUCAGGCUCCGUAUCCAGAACUUGCCGACGUGGAACGAUGGCAGGAACCACCUCAUAUUUAACCUCUACUCGGGCACAUGGCCGGACUACACGGAGGAUCUGGGCUUUGAGGUUGGCCAGGCCAUGCUAGCCAAGGCGAGUGCGGAUGUGGUCAACUUCAGACCCAACUUUGACAUCUCCAUCCCGCUUUUCUCCAAGGAACACCCUUUGAAAAGAGGAGGCGCAGGUUAUCUGGCGCUUAACAACGCACCGUCGUCCAGGAAGUACCUGCUGGUUUUCAAAGGGAAACGAUACCUGACGGGCAUCGGUUCUGAGACAAGGAAUGCUCUGUAUCACAUCCACAACGGGGAAGAUAUUAUCCUGCUGACCACGUGUAAACAUGGAAAGGAUUGGGAAAAGCAUAAGGACUCUCGCUGUGACCGAGAUAACCAAGAAUACUCAAAGUUUGACUACCAGGAGCUGCUCCACAACUCCAGUUUCUGCCUGGUGCCCCGGGGACGACGACUGGGAUCCUUUCGCUUCCUGGAGGCCCUGCAGGCGGCGUGUAUCCCAGUUAUUCUCAGUAACGGCUGGGAGCUUCCCUUCUCUGAAGUCAUCGACUGGAGGAAAGCCGCCAUCAUCGGAGAUGAGAGACUGCUGCUACAGGUUCCCUCCAUUACCCGGUCUGUGGGCCAUGACAGGAUCCUGGCUCUCCGACAGCAGACUCAGUUCCUCUGGGACGCCUACUUUUCCUCUGUAGCCAAAAUCGUCUUAACUACUCUGGAGAUCAUCCAGGACCGAGUAGACUCGUUGGUGUCCAGAAACCGGUUGCUAUGGAAUUCUUUACCUGGUGGUCUCUAUGCACUCCCCCAGUACUCUGCUGACCCCACCCAGUUCCCUUUUUACUAUGCGGCACUGGGUAAGAGCCCCUCGCAGCAGUUCACAGCUGUGAUCCACACGGUGACUCCUCUGCAGGCUCAGAUCUCCCCUGUGGUGAAGCUCAUCAUUGCUGUAGCCAAGUCCAAGUUCUGUGCACAGAUCGUGGUUUUAUGGAACUGCGACAAGCCUUUACCUCCUCGGAACAAGUGGCCCUCCACCAGCGUGCCUCUCUCUGUCAUCGAAGGACAGACCAAGACAAUGAGCAGUCGUUUCUUCCCCUACGACACGAUCCUCACCGAUGCUGUUCUCAGUCUCGACGAAGACUCUGUUCUCUCGACAAACGAGGUGGAUUUCGCCUUUAUCGUUUGGCAAAGUUUCCCAGAGCGUAUCGUUGGUUAUCCUGCGAGGAGCCACUACUGGGACAGCUCCAGAUCCCGCUGGGGCUACACCUCUAAAUGGACCAAUGACUACUCCAUGGUCCUCACAGGAGCAGCCUUCUAUCACAGGUAUUAUCACUACCUGUACACACACUACAUCCCUCCCAGCCUGCUGACCACAGUGGACCGGAUCUCCAACUGUGAGGACAUCCUGAUGAACUUCCUGGUUUCAGCCGUCACCAAGCAGCCACCGAUCAAAGUCACGCAGAAGAAGCAGUACAAGGAAACCAUGAUGGGCCAGGGCUCCAAGUCGUCUCGGUGGGCCGACCCGGACCACUUUGCCCAGCGACAGACCUGCAUGAACGCCUUCAGUCACUGGCUGGGUUUCAUGCCUCUGGUGCACUCCCAGAUGAGGCUGGACCCGGUGCUGUUCAGGGAUCAGGUUUCUAUCCUGAGGAAGAAAUACAGGGACAUUGAGAAGCUGUGACUGCACAUGGAAAAACACAGAAUCCCCGUCAGAGAGUACAAAUGUGUGUUUCCUUCUCAAGAAGCCGUGACCAGAAUACACACUGAACAUUUGUGAGGCUUAGAAGGAAAUUCGCACCUGCACUGGGAGUAAAAUGAUAAAACGCCGAGGAUUGGACAAGACAUUUAACCGAGGUUGACUAAAAAAACACAAAAAGAUUCUGUAUGCCUGGUUGAUAACAGAGAGACUGUGUAAACCAGCCAUCUGAGACUCAACAAAUAAAUACAAGAGCUUGGACAAACAUGCAACAAAGAGCUGGACACGGUUAGACAACAGAUCAACAGUGUGUUCUGCAUGAUUUGAACAAGACAACUGUACAAGGACCUGCACAAGAAAUUACAAAAUAAAAGACUUAUGUUUAUCCACUGUUGGAAAUAGAGAAGUAUACCAUUAAAACAGGACAGAAGAGCUCUAUGGAUAAUAGGUUGUAUUUAUACAUCAAUAGAAGCACUCUCUGGGCUGAUGGAUGUACAAUAAAAACACAUUAUGGACAAACUGUAGAUUCUGGGUCAGGCCACUUAAACGCUGCUACUCAAACAAACCCUGAG